AUGGCAUUUGUCGUACACUCUCUCGGCAUCCUCUGGUUGCUUGGUUCCACCGACCCUUUCGAAUCCAAAUGCUACCAGAAGCUGGCCAAUUUUCGGCAUCGAUCUAUCAAAGCCACUCUCAGAAACUCAGAAACCCCCAAAAACAACGAGUUCGGCCAAGGAAAUGGGUGGAGCAUCAACGUCGCAGUUGCCACAAAUGUUAGUCAGGGUACUAUGAGCAAUUCAACCCUGUCACGAAUCAGUCUUGACGCCUCAGAUACCCCAUUCUCAAGUGGGAACGUAUCUGACGGAUACCGUGUCUGCUCAUAUGUCUGGUGGCAGAUGGGCUGGACCGAAAACGAAAUCAAUAAACUCCAUGACGAUAGCGAAGGCUCAUGUGGUGGCGUCAUCCCACAAAGUUGCAUUCACGACAUCAGAGAAACCGCAGCGAAGGUCCAGUGCGACAGCUCUUUGGAGUCGCCGCUUUACGGGAUCGGAUUCAACAUCCCGACGAGUUGCAGAAAUCUAACCACGAAGUUCACGUCGAAUGCGUCGGACUCUUCGUACACAGUAUUCCAGUCAAGUGCACCUUACAACGUUGCCGGUAACGAUAGUGAUACCAGAGAGGUCUACGAAUACGCCAUGACACAGGUCUGGCCCGUGAUGCUCUCUUACAGUUAUACCGAGGAGAGUGGGACCUCAAACUACACGGUCUUCCGCUGCGUUCGAGCCAAUAACAUCACCGCUGGAAGUCCGUUGCCCGAAAGCUUUGGGAAUAGACCGAGUUCGUCGGCUCAACUCGAUCGUCAUUCGCGAGUCUAUUUGUGGGCUUGCUAG